AUGGGGCUUUGGGCUGAUUCAGAAGAGGAUGGUGGAAAUGGAGGACAAAAUUCAUGGAAUUUUUUAACCAGGAGGAAAAGGGUGGAUUCUUCAGUUGAGAGCAAUUCUCAAGGCCAACUUGCCAAGGAGUUAACCGUGCCUCAUCUCAUGGCAAUUGGUGUUGGUGCAACAAUUGGUGCUGGUGUGUAUGUUCUGGUUGGAACUGUGGCUAGAGAACACACAGGACCUGCUUUGCCACUCUCUUUUCUGGUGGCUGGAUUUGCGGCUGCUCUUUCUGCUCUUUGCUAUGCAGAGUUAGCUAGUCGCUGUCCUUCUGCUGGAAGUGCAUAUCAUUACUCAUACAUAUGUGUUGGAGAAGGAGUUGCUUGGUUGAUUGGUUGGGCCUUGAUACUGGAAUACACAAUUGGUGGAGCUGCAGUUGCUCGUGGCAUAACUCCCAAUUUGGCUGCUCUUAUUGGAGGAGAGGAAAAUUUGCCCAGCUUUUUAUCGCGGCAUAGCAUUCCUGGGACUGAUAUUGUUCUCGACCCAUGUUCAGCGAUCAUGGUAUUCAUUGUAACAGGACUCCUUUGUCUUGGGAUCAAAGAGAGCACAAUGGUGCAAAGUGUAGUGACAACAGUGAACAUAUUUGCAUUGAUUUUUGUGAUAGUUGCUGGAGGUUACUUGGGGUUCAAAUCUGGAUGGGUAGGAUAUGAGGUUCCCACAGGGUACUUUCCCUUUGGGGUGGAUGGGAUGCUAGCGGGUUCUGCAACAGUCUUCUUUGCAUUUAUAGGCUUUGAUGCAGUUGCCAGCACGGCUGAAGAGGUGAAAAAUCCUCAAAGAGAUUUGCCCCUUGGGAUUGGAGGCUCUUUGCUUCUAUGUUGUGGAUUGUACAUGUUGGUAUCCAUCGUUAUAGUGGGUUUAGUGCCUUAUUAUGCCAUCAAUGCUGACACCCCCAUAUCAUCAGCAUUUGCAGACAAUGGAAUGCAAUGGGCAGCAUAUGUUAUAAGUGCUGGAGCUUUCACAGCUUUAUGUGCAUCUUUAAUGGGUGGGAUUCUACCUCAG